AUGAACUUGCACAAUGUCAGACUGGUCUCUACCUUGGCUCAAGCUCAUGUGACAAGGCGUUGUCCUGAUUCACAGAAAUUCAAAGUUAGACUCGUUUCUAUUCGCGGCAUGACUGUGCUGAAGGCCACUUUGGGUUCCGAAAUCCGCCGGUGCCUGCUGGAUGACCUAAGCUAUCCCGGGGUUUGCACCUGUCUGGAGCGCCUCUUUCCAGAUCUGGGGGCCUACGCGGCGAGGUACCUGGAUGAAGAAGGAGAUGCUUGCGUGCUCUGCGAAAGCUCCUUUGGGGACUUCCUUGCUCAGGCGAAGCAGGCUGUAGACCUCUCUGUUGGUGCUGGGCGGUUGACUCUGCGCCUUGAGCUGUUGCCCGCAGACACGGAAAACAGAGAGAUGCAACCGCCGCAGCCUGAGAGUGAAGCAGCAGAAUCCUGGAGCAUGUUCGUGCCGCCCUUCCUGCAUCCCCUCCUGCAAGGGCUGCACCACAAGCAGCAGGGCAAGGGCAAGGGCAAGCGCGGCCAGGACCGGUGCGGAUGUGGCGAGGACGGUGAGACUGGCCAGCCUUGUGCACGUCCCAAGAUCUUGGAGGUGCUGACGCCGCAGGCGCUGGCGAGCAUGGCGGUGUGCUGGCUGCCUGGCGCGCUGCAGUUUGUGGCAGAGCGGGAGCCGGAGGAGCUGGGGCGAGCCCUGACUUCCAUUGAGCCGCUCAAGGAGAUCUUGGAGCAGAUUCGGCCCUUGCUGGCGCCGCAUGGCUUGCAGCAUGUAGAAGCAUCCCUGGAUGCCUGCCUGUCAGAGAUGGCGCCUGCCUCGGCAGGGAGGUUCCUGCUGGACUUGCUUGCCUUUGUUGACCUGCUGCACUUCGAAGCGCAACACUCCUUCGUGUCGGCCCUUGCCGAGACCCAACAAGAGCGCCUGGCAUCCUGCCUGGAUGGCUUGGACAUCCCGCUGGAGCACAUGGGCGUGAUGUGUGAUGGCUGCCACUCGCCAGUGGUUGGUCCGCGGUUCAAGUGCAAGAGCUGUGCGGACUACGACCUUUGCGGCAUAUGCUAUGCCAAGAAGGGCGAAGUGCACAGCGGGCCCUGCGCCGGCCAUGAGUUCAAGUGUUCUCUUUUGGACUCGCGACGUGCCUUCAAGCACCUUGUUGGCCUUCCCUUGUUUCGGCUGCUGAAGGGCAUGGGCAAGGUCUGCCAAGACAAGGGCUGGCAGGGCUGGCAGGGCUGGCAGGGCUGGCAGGGUUGCCAAGGCAAGGGUUGGCGUGGCUGGCAGCGCAACUGGCAGGACUGGCGCAACUGGCAUGAAUCCGACUACCCUGAUUGGCGCGGCCAGAGCACCAACAAGGCUGAGGGCACGACAUGUGCCAACUCAGGCUGUUCCUACCUGGCAACCUGGCACCCCACCCACUGCUGUCACUCCUGCUCUGCCGGCCAAGGGCAUGGCCCUCACUGUGAGCACCGCAGCAAGCGUUCACGUAGGGAGGACGGUGAGACUGGCCAGCCUUGUGCACGUCCCAAGAUCUCGGAGGUGCUGACGCCGCAGGCGCUGGCGAGCAUGGCGGUGUGCUGGCUGCCUGGCGCGCUGCAGUUUGUGGCAGAGCGGGAGCCGGAGGAGCUGGGGCGAGCCCUGACUUCCAUUGAGCCGCUCAAGGAGAUCUUGGAGCAGAUUCGGCCCUUGCUGGCGCCGCAUGGCUUGCAGCAUGUGGAAGCAUCCCUGGAUGCCUGUUUGUCAGAGAUGGCGCCUACCUCGGCAGGGAGGUUCCUGCUGGACUUGCUUGCCGGUGUUGACCUGCUGCACUUCGAAGCGCAACACUCCUUCGUGUCGGCCCUUGCCGAGACCCAACAAGAGCGCCUGGCAUCCUGCCUGGAUGGCUUGGACAUCCCGCUGGAGCACAUGGGCGUGAUGUGUGAUGGCUGCCACUCGCCAGUGGUUGGUCCGCGGUUCAAGUGCAAGAGCUGUGCAGACUACGACCUUUGCGGCAUAUGCUAUGCCAAGAAGGGCGAAGUGCACAGCGGGCCCUGCGCCGGCCAUGAGUUCAAGUGUUCUCUUUUGGACUCGCGACGUGCCUUCAAGCACCUUGUUGGCCUUCCCUUGUUUCGGCUGCUGAAGGGCAUGGGCAAGGUCUGCCAAGACAAGGGCUGGCAGGGCUGGCAGGGCUGGCAGGGCUGGCAGGGCAAGGGCUGCCAAGGUAAGGGUUGGCGUGGCUGGCAGCGCAACUGGCAGGACCAUGAAUCCAAGAGCCCUGAUUGGCGCGGCCAGAGCGCCAACAAGGCCGAGGGCACGAUCUGUGCCAACCCGGGCUGUUCCUACCUGUCAACCUGGCACCCCACCCACUGCUGUCACUCCUGCUCCGCCGGCCAAGGGCAUGGCCCUCACUGUGAGCGCCGCAGCAAGCGCGUGCCUCGACCCUGCGCAACCUCGGGAUGCGAGUUCCAAGCUACCUGGCACAAGACGCAUUGCUGCCAUUCCUGUGCCGCGGGCAAGGCCCACGGCGCGGCCUGCGAGAGACGCUCCAUGGACGGCCAGAGAGCAAGUGGCACGGUGGAAAAUGAUGUGAAGAUGGAGGCCACGGAGCGAAGCUGA